CCUAGCCACAACAUUUCCACGAGCCUCCGACUUCCUUUAGACUCCUACAUUCAGAGAGAGAGAGGAAUGGCAACCACAGCAGCCCUCAGCACCAGCGCCAUGGUUAGCACCUCGUUUGCUAGACAAAAGCCAGUGACAAGCCUACGGGCUCUUCCCAGCGUGGGGGAGGCGCUUUUUGGCUUAAAAGCCAGUCGAGGAGGACGUGCUCGAGCAAUGGCAGCGCACAAGGUGAAGCUCAUCACUCCUGACGGCGAGAAGGAGUUUGAUUGCCCCACAAACGUCUACAUCCUUGACCAUGCUGAGGAGGCGCAUGGAAUGGACCUCCCAUACUCAUGCAGGGCUGGAGCUUGCUCUUCAUGUGCUGGCAAGGUUGUGCAAGGGACUGUGGAUCAGUCUGAUGGUAGCUUCCUUGAUGAAGGCCAGAUAGCGGAAGGUUGGGUUCUCACUUGUGUUGCUUAUCCUACGUCUGAUGUUGUCAUUGAGACGCACAAAGAGGAAGAUUUUAGUGCUUUUUAAUCAUAACUACUUAGAUCUCUUUUUGUUUGUGUCGGGAUCAGGCCGUGUGUUCGAGAGGGAGAUAUCUAUGAUCAUUGAUAAUCUUUCUUCUUGUUGAGUUUCUUCUUUCAUUUUGUAGUCUCGAAUGAAACUGCUAUAACUUAAUAAAUCUUAUUUGCAUUCGAGCUAUUCUUGAAAAUGAUUUUUAUAGCAUAUUUCGGAAU